GACGCAACUUAGGUCCAGCAGCAUUACUGCUAACCAAAACAAUGGUCGAAUUCUACCACGAUUCCGUGCUGCAAAAGCAUCACAAUCAUGCUUUCACUACUGUGCCGUCCAUCGAGGGCGACGACCCGCUGCCCCCAAAUGUCGACAGAGAUACCUUCAACCGUUUUCUUAGUUUGCUAUGCAAAAUUGUGGGUGAAGAGAAUGUGAUCACGGGCGAGGAACUUCGAAAUUUUCGAGAUCCGUAUCCCCUGACAAUUGAGGAGUAUCAACCAUCGGCUGCUGCCUGUCCAAUAACUGUCGAACAAAUUCAAUCCAUCUUGAAAAUUGCAAAUGAAUAUUGCAUUCCUCUGUGGGUUUGCUCACAAGGCAAGAACUUUGGAUAUGGAGGUCCAGCUCCUAGACAAUCGGGGACGUUGGUUCUAUCUCUUUACCGGAUGAAACGAAUUAUUGAAGUGAAUGAAAAGUUCUCUUAUGUUCUUGUAGAGCCAGGUGUUACUUUCUUCGAGCUCUACGAGCAUCUGCGGGCUAAAGGCAUUCCUUUGUGGGUUGGCGUGCCUGCUCUUGGAUGGGGUAGUGUUGUUGGCAAUACCAUGGACAGAGGUCAUGGAUACACUAUUUCCGGAGAUCGUCAGCACGGUAUCCGGAGCCUAGAAGUCAUUCUGCCUUCUGGAGAGAUCAUGCGCACGGGACAGUGGGGAGUGACCGGCUCGCCGAGUGCACAUACCUGCAGUAACAACUUUGGUCCACAGGUUGAUGGAUUGUUCCUCCAGACAAACCUUGGUAUCGUCUCCAAGUUAGCAGUUGCAGUCGAUCCAGCACCUCAGGCAUUCAUGAAUGUGAGGCUCAUUGGAGAUGAGGUGGACGAUCUUGGGCCAAUCAUCGACUGCAUGCAACAGCUAUCACUCGAAGGUAUUCUACAGAAUCAUGGCAUGAUCACAAAUAUCAAUCAUUUUGCCUCUCAUGAUGUACCAAAGUACAAGCACCAAAGAGAGGAAGGCCCUCUUCUUCCUGGAACAAUAGCCAAUAUGAAGAAGAUGUACCAGACAGGAUAUUGGCGCUGCGUAUUCAAUCUCUACGGUACCAGCGCAAUGGUGCAUGCCAGGUAUGCGCGAAUUAAGGAAGUCUUCUCUGCCAAGAUACCGGGCAUGCUCCUUGACGGGGACCUUUUGGAGGGUAAGGAUGGUCGUCCGGUUGAUGCUUUGCAGGUGGGGACGCUCAGUGCCGGAGUACCGACAAUGGAUCCUGUUAGAUUGGCCGAUUAUAACCUCCCAGAAGACGGUAGUGGAGCCGGUGGACAUAUCGAUACGACUCUGAUUCUUCCUGCGGAUGGGGAGACGGUUGUGAAGUGGUUCAUAGCAGCUAAGAAGAUCAUGGAGGACGAAGGUGUUGACCCCUUCAUUGGGUGCCAUGUUUUCCCAAAUUACAUAUUGUUCGUACAGGAAUACGUCUUUGAUAAAAGACAAGCCAUCCAUCGCGAGCGCGGGCGUAAAGUCGUCGAAUCACUACUCGUCGCAGCGAAAAGGUCCGGAUUCGCAAAUUACAGAUCACAUUUACAGCAUAUGGACACCGUACAGGAUAUGUACAAUUUCAACAACCACAUAUAUAGGCGCUUUAUUCAGCAAUUGAAGACUGCUAUUGAUCCAAAUGGAAUUCUGGCACCAGGCAAGCAAGGCAUUUGGCCUCAACAGGCUAUGCAAGUCGAAAUCGAAGCCUUGCACAAGUCAUACUCUAAAACCACAGUAGCUAGUGCCGAAAGCAAAUGAUCUAUGAAUAUUAUUGUAGGUUACAUUUUGGAAAGGUUUUUCACUAGGCUUUAUGAUAUGGCCACCAUGUUCAAUCGUAAACGUAGAUGGAGUACAAUGAUAAUUGAUCUUUGCUUCAGAGAUAUAACUU